AUGACCGACCCCGACCUCACCGCCAAAGAAUGGGCACUAAUAUCCGGCACCGCCCUUCCUCCCCCCUCACCCCCGACACCACUCUCCCUCGUCUCCGCCGGCGACUUCAACGCACUCUUCACCCUCCCCGAAACACAGUCCCUCCUCACCGCCGGCGACACCGAAUACCUACACCGCACACUCGACUACCCCGGCUACCUACAGCAAUGCCUCUCUGCGCGCCCCGACACCCCCCCGCACACCCUCCUCGCGAUCGGCAUCGCCGCCCUCUGGUCCUUCAUCCAAGCCAACGUCACCGGGCCGCCUCUCCCAUUCACCCCCGCGGCACUCCUCCUCCCCCCCAACACCACCACCGACGCAGCCUUCGCAACACGGCUAGAAAAGGCCACAGUCACAGCACUCACCGUCGACGGCGAGACCGCCUACCACCUCAUGCCGCACGCACUCCUCCUCUCACUCUCAAAGACGCUGCUCAACGCCCCAGCGGCAACUCACGGCGUAGCGACGGCACCGUGGUGGCGGCUGCGCGUCAACUUCUGGCACCAGCGCGUGCUGUCUGAGGCGACGGCGGGGCUGCACGACGUCAUCUACGAGGACGCGAAGGCUGUUGCCGUCUUGGCCGAGGCGCAGAGCGGCGCCGUGCAGGCGAGGUUCUUGGUGGAGCGGGCGCUGGUCGAUACGUAUUUCGGGCACGACACAAAGGCGCUGCGGGGGCUGGAGGAGGCCGCGGAGCGGACGGGGAUGGUGUAUGCGCUCACGGGGGUGAUGGGGAAGAGGACAAAGUUUCAGCAGACGGAUACGAGCCAGCUUGUGGUGCUGGCGAGGAGUAAGGAGGAGGAGGAGGAGGGCAGCGGUGAGGAGGACAAGAAGGCGGAAGAGAGUGCGCCAAAGGCGUUGAAGCUGGACGAUGAUACCUUGUUGGAGGCUAUUGCGUUCACGCCAAAGAGUACGGCGGUGGUGGAGGAUGCGCAGGGACUGCCAAAGGAGCUGCAGGAGCUGGAUCCAAACGACCAGCCAAAGCUGCAGCCCCUCGAUGCGGCCAUCCUGCUACUCGUUGCAGAGACAAUCAAGAACACCAACCCCGCCGAGGGACUGACACGAGAAGAGAUGAUGCCCUACGCCGAGCGGGUGCUCAAGCACUCCACCAACUGGGAGGUCUACACACUCGGCCUCCUCGUGCGCUCCAAAAUGGAGGGCUACCGCUCCCGCACCGUCGAGCGCGGCCUCCUCCAGCUGCAGGCCGUCGUCGACCAAGUCAUCGCCGACACCACACAAUCCACCGACUCCACCACCACCACAAACACAACCACCACCUUCCUCCCGCGCGCAAAAGAAGACGAGGCCGCGCCCGUCCGCGACCGCCUCCUCUACAUCCACCAGCUCACAGUCCCCACCCGCUGGGACCUCGAAGCCGAGCUCGCCUCCCGCUGGAUCUCCAUGGGCGGCCUCCGCACCGCCCUCGAGAUCUACGAGCGCCUGCAAAUGUGGCCCGAAGUAGCACUCUGCUGGGCCGCCACCGAGAAGGAGGAGAAGGCGCGAAAGGUCAUCCACGCACAACUCUUCCACCCAGACACCACCACCGACGAGAUCUCCCCCCCCCCCGCGAACGCCCCGCGGCUGUGGUGCAUCCUCGGCGACAUCGACAACAACCCGAGUCACUACGAGCGCGCGUGGGAAAUCUCGGGCGGCAGAUACGCCCGCGCGAAGCGCUCCCUGGCGCGUCACUACUUCUCGGCAAAGGAGUAUCGAAAGUCCGCCGACGCGUAUGCGGCGUCGCUGCACGCGAACCCGCUCAACCAUGCGUCGUGGUUCGCGCUGGGGUGCUGCCACCUCGAGAUGGAGGACUGGGACGCUGCCGUCGAGGCCUUCACGCGCACCGUCUCCAUCGACGAGACCGACGCCGAGGCAUGGUCAAACCUUGCCAGCGCGCUCCUACACCGCACCACGCAGCUCCCCGCACAGCCGGAAUGGCACGCUGGUGACGGCGACGACGACAACGAGGCGCAGAGGCAGGACCAGGCCGACUUUGAGCUCGUCCAGAAGGAGAAUAAUAAGCGCAAUGCGCUCGCGGCGCUGAAGCGCGCGAGCACGAGUAAGUACGACAGCUGGCGCAUCUGGGAGAACCUGCUCAUCAUCGCCGCCUCUGUUGUUCCGCCGUCGUGGACGGACGUGGUGGUGGCCAUGCGCAGGAUCAUUGAUCUGCGGAAAGACAGCGCCGGCGAGAGCUGCGUGGACGUGGACGUGCUCGAGAUGCUAGUGCGCCACGUCGUGACAUCAGAGCAAGACGCCAGCAAGCCGGGGCUGGCAAAGAUGGUGGUGGAGCUUGUGGAGAAGGAGGUCACGCCGUUGAUUACGCACCAGGAGCGGCUGUGGCGCAUCGUGGGCAAGGUGGCGCUGUGGAGGGGGCGGCCGAGGGAUGCGUUGGAGGCCGAGGAGAAGGCGUGGAGGGCGGUGCAGGCGCGGCCGGGGGUGACGGAUUCGACGGAGGGGGCGUGGGAUGGGUUGGUGGAUGCGACGGUGGAGUUGGUGGGCGCGUAUGAGAGCUUGGGGGGGAUGGAGAGGACGGAGGGGCUGGGCGCGGGGGAGCCGGUGGCGAGGGAUUGGAGGUUUAAGGCGAGGAGUGCGGUGAGGGGGGUGAUGGGGAGGGGGAAGGAGUCGUGGGAGGAUAGUAGGGGGUGGGAGAGACUCAAGGAGGCGUUGGAGGGGCUGAAAAACUAG